AGCGCACGCCGAGCCCGUCCGUCGCCGCCAUGGCCACCACGGUGACCUGCACCCGCUUCACCGACGAGUACCAGCUCUACGAGGAUAUUGGCAAAGGGGCUUUCUCUGUGGUCCGACGCUGCGUCAAGCUCUGCACCGGCCACGAGUACGCAGCCAAGAUCAUCAACACCAAGAAGCUGUCGGCCAGAGAUCACCAGAAGCUGGAGAGAGAGGCGCGAAUCUGCCGCCUUCUGAAGCAUUCUAACAUCGUGCGCCUUCACGACAGCAUCUCCGAGGAGGGGUUCCACUACCUGGUCUUCGAUCUGGUCACUGGUGGGGAGCUCUUUGAGGACAUUGUGGCAAGAGAGUACUACAGUGAGGCGGACGCCAGUCACUGCAUCCAGCAGAUCCUGGAGGCGGUUCUCCAUUGCCACCAAAUGGGGGUCGUCCACAGGGACCUCAAGCCCGAGAAUCUGCUCCUGGCCAGCAAGUGCAAAGGGGCCGCAGUGAAGCUGGCGGACUUUGGCCUGGCUAUCGAGGUGCAGGGGGACCAGCAGGCCUGGUUUGGGUUCGCUGGCACACCAGGCUACCUAUCCCCAGAGGUCCUGCGCAAGGAGGCAUAUGGCAAGCCAGUGGACAUCUGGGCAUGCGGGGUGAUCCUGUACAUCCUGCUUGUGGGCUACCCGCCCUUCUGGGAUGAGGACCAGCACAAGCUGUACCAGCAGAUCAAGGCUGGCGCCUACGACUUCCCAUCCCCCGAGUGGGACACGGUCACUCCUGAAGCCAAAAACCUCAUCAACCAGAUGUUGACCAUCAACCCUGCCAAGCGCAUCACAGCGCAUGAGGCGCUGAAGCACCCGUGGGUCUGUCAACGCUCUACUGUGGCCUCCAUGAUGCACAGGCAGGAGACUGUGGAGUGCCUGAAGAAGUUCAAUGCCCGGAGGAAGCUCAAGGGUGCCAUCCUCACCACCAUGUUGGCCACGAGAAAUUUCUCAGUGGGCAGACAGACCACCGCUCCGGCCACAGUGUCCGCCACGGCCUCCGGCACCACCAUGGGGCUGGUGGAACAAGCAGCCAAGAGUCUACUCAACAAAAAGGCAGAUGGAGUCAAGCCCCAGACGAAUAGCACCAAAAACAGUGCAGCGGCCACCAGCCCCAAGGGGACGCUUCCUCCGGCCGCCCUGGAGCCUCAAACCACGGUCAUUCAUAACCCAGUGGACGGGAUAAAGGAGUCAUCCGACAGCACCCACACCACCAUAGAAGACGAGGACACAAAAGUCCCCAGGGUCCCUGACAUCCUGAGCUCCGUGAGGAGGGCCUCAGGGACCCCAGAAGCCGAGGGUCCCCUGCCCUGCCUGUCUCCAGCUCCCAUUAGCCCCCUGCCCACCCCGUCCCCCAGGAUCUCUGACAUCCUGAGCUCUGUGAGGAGGGGCUUGGGGACCCCGGAAGCCGAGGGCCCCCUGCCCGCCCCGUCCCCCAGGAUCUCUGACAUCCUGAACACAGUGAGGAGGGGCUCGGGGACCCCAGAAGCUGAGGGCCCCCAGCCCUGCCUGUCUCCGGCUCUCCCAGGCCCCCCACCCACCCCGACGCGGAAGCAGGAGAUCAUCAAGAUCACGGAGCAGCUCAUCGAGGCUGUCAACAACGGCGACUUUGAGGCCUACGCGAAAAUCUGCGACCCAGGCCUGACCUCAUUUGAGCCUGAAGCUCUGGGCAACCUGGUGGAAGGGAUGGACUUCCACAGAUUCUACUUUGAGAACUUGCUCGCCAAGAACAGCAAGCCGAUCCACACGACCAUCCUGAACCCACACGUGCACGUCAUUGGCGAGGACGCUGCGUGCAUCGCCUACAUCCGCCUCACGCAGUACAUCGAUGGGCAGGGCCGGCCCCGCACCAGCCAGUCCGAGGAGACCCGCGUGUGGCACCGCCGUGACGGCAAGUGGCAGAAUGUGCACUUCCACUGCUCGGGCGCGCCCGUGGCCCCGCUGCAGUGAAGAGCUGCCGCUGGUUUCGCGGGACAGACUCGGUGUUUGGAGCCCAGCCGCCCUCCGGGCGCACGGCCUGCCUGUCGCAUGUUUGUGUCUGCCUCGUUCCUCCCCUGGUGCCUGUGUCUGCAGAAAACCAAGAGCAGAUGUAAUUCUUUUUAAAAACAAGACGACAACGACAACCAAACACAAAAAUUGAUGUUGGAUGGAACAGAAAAAAACAGUGGAAAAAGGUGUAAAAAGCACUAGUGUUUGUGGGGCUUCGAACCAACCAGCUGCUCCCCACCCAAGCUCUGCGUGUCUGCCUGCUCCUGGCCCCGGGACAGGCCAGGGCAGUGAGCUUGUCCACAGCGGCCUGUCGCCCAUGGAACAGCCUUUGUUAGGUGGCGCUGCCCCCAAGGUGUCUGCACCCUCCCUGCCUUGCGCGCGUGGCUUGCUGUCAGCAGUGUCGGGUGUCGUCAGGGGAGGCUGUGGGGCUGCAGGGGGCCUGAGUGGCUGUCGUCUCUCCUGCUUCCCUUCCUUUCCUCCAAGAGGGCAGAGGUGUGGGCUCCCUCCGUGCCCAGUGUCCUGGCGCCCCCAGCACGGAGGAGCAGUGCAGAGGAUGACGAGAGAGCCAUCUGAGAAGCCUCCACAGGCCCAGGGCUGCAGCUCUGGUCCUUCUGGGGUCAGCCAGGCACAGAGGGGACACAUCUUCGUUUCAGACCUCACACCUGGCAAGAGACGUGCUGAGGGGACACCAUUGGCUGCAGCCUGUGGGGAGGGGACCCCUGGGUUGGCCUCCCUCCUGUUCAGGGUGCCUCUCCCUUUCUGCCUGCUCUGCCCCCGCCUGUGAGGCCACAGAGGGGCGUGGGCCUCAAGUCCCCAGGGCUCUGGGCUUGGUCAUGACACAGGAAGGAGAGAGGAGUCAGAAGGUGGAUGAGUGGCUCCCCGGCUCCCGGCUGAGGUGGGGGUCCAGGCAGGUAUUUGCUUUCGGAGUCUGGACCUGGAGCAGAAGGGAAAGAGGGCUGCACUGGACUCGAGGAGGCUACAGUGUGUGACGGGGACCCUGAGAUGUGGAGACAGCAGGCUAGGUUCACCUUGGGGUCCCCCUGCGUGCUGGUGGUGGUCACUGUGGCUAUACUCGGGGACGGGCUGCGUGGUCAGAUGGCCGCAGAGAGAGCCGAGGGCCGUCUGCCAGGGUGGAGAUGGGUCUGGCCCGGCCUGCUGGGUUAUGGUUGGGGGUGGUCAGGGGCCGUGACCCCGGAAGUGCAGGGACUCUCUCCCAACACCUGCCCCCCUUCAAUUCACAUUGUUUUCAACAAGGAUUUUCUUUAUCUUCCCACACAAAUCAAGCCAAGGGAGGGCACGGAGUGGGAGGCAGGACACAGGAUGCUGAUCUCCAAGGGGACUCUCCAUCGACAGACACUCACCUGCCUGUCCACAGCUGUGCUCAGGACAGCUGUCCCCACCCAUGGACACAGGGUAAACAUCUGCCGGGCUCCCUGGGCCUCAGGCAGCGGCAGGGCUCACCAUGGACAGCGUGUGGCCCGGCCAGCCUCCCCUCCUGGGGCCUCCUCUCUUUCUCUCCCCCUCCUGGUAUCUCCACAAAGCUGCCUGUCUGGGAUAAUUUGGGGAUUUUUUUCUGCGGGAUAGUUCUUCUGCAUGACCCCUCACGAGCAAGCCACACCUGCUCUUCUAGCUAGAUGUCCGCGUGUGGCGGCAGCAGCAGCCCGCCCUGCAGGGUCAGCUGCCCGUGGUGCUGGCCGGCCUUUCCUUUUCUCUCUUUUUGCUGAGUUUCAUUGUCUUUUCUUUCUGAGCCUUGUAAGUGUACAAAAAUUAUUUUGUUCUGUCUCGGGAAACUGCAAAUAAAAGAAAACCAGGACAAACUGCUUCAGGUCCAGCUGAUGCUUUAUGCCAGGUCCCUGC